AUGACAUCAGUCGAGAAAAUACUUAUUCAAGGGAUACGUAGUUUCGAUUAUAAAGAACCAAGUGUCAUUGACUUUUAUAAACCAUUGACUUUGAUCGUCGGUGUCAAUGGUGCUGGCAAGACAACGAUUAUAGAAUGUUUAAAAUAUGCAAGUACAGGUGAAAUGCCACCAAACUGUUCGAAUGGUCAAGCAUUUAUUCAUGACCCAAAGAUUGCAGGAGAGGCAGAAGUAAAAGCACAGAUCAAACUUAGAUUCAAGACACCUAAUGGUAAGCCUAUCGUAGCUGCUCGGUCAAUGUCGCUGAUACAAAAACCACACAACAAACAAGAGUUUAGACAGAUUGAUUCGUCGCUACAGAGUUUCAACAAUGAUGGGCAAAAAGUGAGCAAGAGUUAUCGAUGCAGUGAUCUCGACAAGGAAAUACCAGAGUUGAUGGGUGCUGCCAAACCAGUUCUCAAAAACGUUAUCUUUUGUCAUCAAGAAGAGUCCAAUUGGCCACUCUCUGAAAGUGCAAAGCUAAAGGUCAAGUUUGAUGAAAUCUUUAGUGCCGUUCGUUACACCAAAGCUCUCAAAUCAAUCAAAGAUAAAAAGAAAGAAUUAAAUACUCAACUUAAAGAAUUUAAAUUGAAAUUGGAAGUUGUUGAUACAAAUAGAGAACAUGCUCAUCGAUUAACAAAAGAAGUAAAACAAAUGGAGAAUCAAGUUGUUUCAUUAAAAGAUUCAAUUCAAAGAAUGAAUGAACAGUUGGGACAGAAAAGAGAGAUUGUUGAAAAGAUUGCAAGAGCAAUGAAGAAUGUUGAUUCGGUGAUUUCAGAGGUACAGGUAAUGGAAGCAAGAAAGAAUGAAAUGGAAAGAAACAAAAAUCAAAUCUACAAUUCAUUGGUAGAGGUGUUUGAGGAGCCAGAUGAAGAGUUGGUGUUUAUGAUCAAGGGAUUCGAUGAAGAGGUUAAUAGAAUGCAUUCAGCCUAUCAAGAACUAUCAGAGAAUCAAGCAAGACUUGUACAGGAAAAGGAACAAGCUGCAAGAGAGAUGAAUAGAUUGGCUGUUGAAAGUGGUCAAGCCAAAGCAUCUUUGACUACAAAAAAGAAAAAUGAACAAGAACGUGAUGCUCAUAUUAGUGACCUAGUCAAACGAUAUCAUAUCAUCAAUGGUGAAGAUGAUACAAAUCCAUCGAUUGACCAAUUACUUGGGUUACUCGCAACCAAAUUUCAAGAAAUCAACAGUAUGAUUGAAGAAGAUAGAAAGAGUAAUCAAGAGAGUCUCUCAUCGAUACAAGAAGAUUUAAACAAUCAAACUGGUAAAAGACAAACACUUCGUGAGAGAAUACAUCAAUUCUCUACUCAAAUCGAUGACAAUAACCAAAAACUAAACAACUAUGACAAAGAACGUACAAGUGUAAUCAACCUAAACAAAAAUCUAGAAGCAUUUGCUCAACAAUCAAAUGUUUUACAAGAUGAAAUAGAACAACUAGAACAAACAACUGCCAAUAGUAAUAAUCAAUCAUUGAUCACUGCAAAGACAGAAGAAAAGAAAUCAAUUGAACAACAAAUGGAAAUAUCAAAUGACGAAAUUAGAAAAAUGUCAUCUCAUGCAACCAUCAUUUCAAGAAUCAAUCAACUUAAAAAAGAUAUCCUCUCCAAACAACAAUUAAUCGAUUCAAAACUACAAGAGAAUCAAGUGCAAUUAAAACAGAUUCUAGGUUCAAAUAACCAACCAAAAGUCAAUGGAUUAUUUCAACAAUUGAUCAAAUCAAAAAAGGAAUUGGAUGAAUCCUUGUCGAUCAAACAAGAGGAAUUUGAUGAUAUCAAUGAUCAAUUAAAUCGUUCAGAAAAUGAACUUCGACUCUAUCGUGAUGAAUUGUCAAAGAAAAAUCAACAAUUAUCAACUAUUAAACCAAAACUUUCAAUUUUGGAUCAAGAUGAAUUAAAAGAUUUAUCAAAAUCAAUUUCAAUUUUAAAUUUAAAAUUACAUAAAUUAGAAAAAAAUUAUGCAAUUUUAGAAUCAGAAGAUAUAUUAUAUAAAGAAUAUAUAGAAAAAGCUCAUGAUGAAAAAGAAUGUGCAUUGUGUGAAAAAGAAUUAAAUGAAGAAUUACCACAAUUUGUAGAGAAACUACAACAACAUACACAUGAUAUCCCACUUAAAUUGGAAGAUAUCAAAAAAGAAAUGAACCAGACUAGAAAACGUUAUGAACAAUUGGAAGCAAUCAAACCUCAAUACGACAUUUAUAUUCAAUUGUCAGAGACUGAAAUACCACAACACAAUAAGAGACAAGAAGAGAUUUUAAAAAGUAUUUCAAGUUUGGAACCAACUCGUCAACUCGUUACCACUGAACUCAAUGAAAUUAAAUCAAAAAGAGAAAAUUGUAACAAAAUGCUAUUGAUUGCCGAAAGAUUGGAUCAGGUACAAAAGGAAUCACUCGAAUUAGAGGCAGAUUUAAAAUCAACUUCUAGUCAAAUACAAAAUGAUAGUUUGAUCGAUCAAAAUGAAACUCUAGAGUCGAAAAUGUCAAGAUAUGAUCAACUUCAAAAAGAAAUAGCAGUCUUGUCACGUUCUAUUGACGAUCUAUCAAAUCAAUCAAAGAAAUUGGCAGAAACUUUAAUGUACAAAAAACAACAACUCUUAUCCUUAAAAGAAAAAUUAUCAAAUCAAAAAGGUUCAGAACAAAUUUUAGAAAGAAUUAAACAAUCUGAAAUUGAAACAAAUAAUAUUAUUUCACAAUUGACAAAAAAUUUACAGUCAACAAAACAAGAAAUGAAAGAAUUGGGAUCAUUAAUUGAAAUUAAACAAAAAGAAAUGCAAGAAAAAACAUUAGAGAAUGAAACUAGAAAUAGAGAGUUGGUACAAGAAAAGACGAUAUUUGAACGUAAAUUGCAUCAAUUAAGAUCGGUGAUUAAUCAAAUUGCGAGUGCAGGAGAUGUUGAAUUAAAGCAUAAAACUAUUGUGGAAGCAAUCGAAACGAUUGGUGUACAAAUUUCAACGGUUGACCAAGACAUGGCUACUGGUAGUGGACACUUGGAAGCAAUUAAAAGUCAAUUGAGCGAACGUGACAAGGCCAAGCGAGCCAUCACAGACAACUUGCAAUACCGUCAACUCAAGCUAAACAUUGAAACAAUGUUGAACCAAAUCCAGAGAAAAAAGGAUGUCAUUGGCUCAAUGAUCACUGCCGAAGAUGCUGCCAAUCAUAAAAGUCUAUCUGCCGAUAUUAGCGUUUUAAAGAGUCGUGUUGAUCAAUCGACAGGUUCCGUUGAAGCACUCGAACAACAAAAGAGAAAUCUUACACAAGAACUCAACAAACCUGUCUACAAGACUGUCGAUGAAGUGUAUCGUGACUUGUUGGUUCAAAUUGAAACAUUGGAUUUUGUCAACAAGGAUAUGGAUAAAUAUUACAAGGCGUUGGACAAGGCGUUGAUGAAAUACCAUACACUCAAGAUGGAAGAGAUCAACAAGACCAUAAGAGAGUUGUGGCAAUCGACCUACAAGGGCAAUGAUAUCGACACGAUCGAGAUUCGCUCAGAAGAGGCAACUGGUGCCAAAAAGACACUCAACUACCGUGUGGUCAUGGUCAAGGGUGAGGUUGAACUCGAUAUGCGUGGUCGUUGUAGUGCCGGUCAAAAGGUGCUUGCCUGUCUUAUUAUUCGUUUGGCAUUGGCCGAAAACUUUUGUUCAAGUUGUGGUAUCUUGGCACUCGACGAGCCAACCUCGCAUUUGGAUCGUGCCAACAUUGAAAGUUUUGCUACCGGUCUUCUCAACAUUAUCGAAGCACGAAAGAAUCAACGUGGAUUCCAACUCAUUAUCAUUACUCACGAUGAAGAGUUUGUUCAAUACUUGUCUCGUGGCAAUUUUGCAGAUUAUUAUUGGCGUGUCACCAAAGAUUCAAAUCAACAUACCUCUAUUGAAAAGAAAGAAAUUUCUAAAAUCUAA